CGACAAAUUUAACCUUUUGAAAACUUUUCUCUUCCGCAGAAACCCUAUCCAUCUCCCUCUCCCUUAGGCACAGAAGAAACCAGCAGCCCCAACUCAAGACACAUACACUCAGCUUUCUCUCUCAAACCCAAAUUUCAUUUCCUACCCAGAUUCAUUCUACAGAGCAAGACAGCCAAACAUGUCGAUCGAAAUGCCCAAAGGGCUCCCCUUUUCAGUUGAUACAUGGAGUCCUUCUUCAAAGAGAAAGAGGCACCAUUUCUUAACUCACGCCCACAAAGACCACUCCACUAGGAUCUCCUCCCACUUUUCUUACCCGAUUUACUCUACCCAUCUCACCAAAACCGUCCUUCAACACUACCUCAAGCUUGAUGAAUCUUUGUUUGUGGGCAUUAAAGUUGGGCAAUCUGUAGCUAUUGAUGACCCGGAUGGAGCCUUCACUGAUACGGCUUUCGAUGCCAAUCACUGUCCUGUCCUUGACCAUUCUUUAGCUGAGGUUAGAAGUUGCUCCGAUUUUGGACCCAGAAGCAAAGCACUCUCAGACACCGAGACAAAGCAAUGGAGGAUAAAACUGAGUCCAUUUCAUUCAACAAGAGAAGAGCGGAGGCUCGUAUAAAUUUUUAUGCAUGUUGUUGGUGCAAAUAAAAGGUGGAGUGGUGGAUGUGGAGGAAGGCAAUAUAAGUUUUGUUCCUUUCUCAAAAUCGAUCAUCUAUGUAACAGGUAUACCCAAUGUACAAGGCCUUUAUCGAGCCAGAUCUUCAAACUGCUCAUAUAGAAAUUAUCAACAAGUUCAAUCCAUUUACUGGAUUUCUAAGUCCCACUUACAUUUUAAAGUCAGUGAAGCCCUUGUCAGUGGAUCAAAUAAAGGCAGUCUUUACUGAGGAGCAUACAUAAGCCAAGGAGGAGACCUAUGACACAUACCUUCUACCACCUGGUGAAGAUCCAGAAUCUUGCCAAUCAUAUCUUAGGAUGCGGGAUAAAGAUGGGAAAUAUAGUCAUGUUUGAGGAGUGGGUGACAGAUAAUCGAUCCAUUUGUUAUAUCACCAAUAAUAACUUUUGAGGUCAGUGUGCGUUUUCUUGGUGGACUAAUGGCUCUGGGAUACACAAUUGCUACUAUCCUUAAAAGAAGCAGUCAUGUAUUCUUCAAUAAUGGUUUGGACAUGGGUUUACAUGAGGAAGGAUGAUGGAGAUUACAAAGCAACAAACACAUAACUUGUCUCGCCCCACUCUCAGAGAGGUGUUGUUCAAAUCUCAACAAUUCAAGUAAUCAUCUAAUCAAGGGCGGUGUAGACCUGGAGCAACAUAGGAGCAGAGCAGUUGGUCGAUUUGGAGCAAGAGCUAUGGGUACUCAGAGUGGUAACUUGAGUCAGACCAGUAGCUCAAGCCAUUCGAUCAGUUCUGCAAUCAAUGUGACUAGUCCUGCAACCUUAGAUCAUUCCCCUUUAGGACAACCACCUUUAGGUCAAACACUCCCACCUUUAGGUCAAGCUUCAGGUUCAGAUGUUGAAUCUAAUCCUAGCAACUCACAACCCCAUGGAGCAGCUUUUGCUGGGCAAAAAAGAAAGGAGCCUGCUAACAAAAGCCCUCUUUGGGCACAUUUUACUAGAUGUAAACACCCGAACUCAGACCAAAUUGAUACUUGUUGGUGCACUUGCAAUUAUUGCAAUGAGAGAGUGUUGUGUGAUAGUGAAAAGAAUGGGACAAGCUCAAUGUGGUCACAUACUAGGAAAUGUGCUAGUCAUCCGUUACAUGCAGAACCUGAUCCCAAGCAAGCUAAGUUGAAUAGGGAUAAUGUGAGUGGAGGAACCACAUACCAUAAUUAUAGCCUGAAGAGGUGUGAUGAUAGGUGCAUCGAUAUGAUUAUCAAGGAUGAGCUCCCUUUUAGGCAGGUAGAGAAAGAGGGAUUUAUUGCUUUCUGCAAAGAGUUAGAACCUCAAUGGCCUGGAAUGAACAGAAAGCAGGUUUGCCAAGGGUGUGUUAGAUAAGUACAAUUUUGAGAAGGCUGUUUUGUUGAGUCAAUUGAAGGCAAAUGAGACUCGGAUUUCAAUUACCACCGACACCUGGACACCGAUCCAUAAUAUAAACUAUUUGGUACUAACUGCCCACUUCAUGGAUAGUGAAUGGAAAUUGCACAAAAGGAUCAUUAACUUUUGUACAAUUACUAGUCACAAAGGAGAGGAGAUUGGAAGGGUAGUAGAGCAGUGUUUGAGGUAGUGAGAGAUCACCAAAGCGUUUACAAUCAUAGUAGACAAUGCUAGUGCUAAUGACUUGGCUGUGGCAUACAUGAAGAGAAGGUUGAAGAGUUACAAGACUUUGAUGUUUGAGGAAGAGUUUAUACAUUUAAGAUAUGCAUGCCACAUUCUAAAUUUGAUAGUUAGGGAUGUUCUGAAGAAGUUAGAAGAUGGGAUUGCUGCUAUAUGGAACUGUGCCAAGUAUGUUAAGAGUUCAUCAAGUCGUCUUGACAAGUUCAGGGAGUUUGCUGUUUUGGAACAAUGCAGGGCAAAUGCCAAGGUUCCAUUAGAUGUAAUCACAAGAUGGAACAACACAUACCUUAUGCUUGAAGCUGCACUCAAGUAUGAAGCUGUGUUUGGGAGAAUGGCUGAAGAAGAUAGCAAUUUUAAAGCUUAUUUCGACGAAACUGACAGAAAUGGCAAAAGCAGGGUUAGACCACUAUCUAGUGAGGACUGGAGGAAUGCAGAAGCGUUUUGUUUGUUUUUGAAGAAGUUUUAUGAAGCUACUGUGAAGCUUAGCGCUUGGAAAAAGAUUACUGCGAAUAUAUUAUUUUGUGAAAUGGUUACAUUGCAGACUGAGAUUGACAAGGCUGUCAUUGCAGAAGACCCGGUUUUGAAUAGGGUUGCCACUUCAAUGAAGAUCAAGUUCAACAAAUAUUGGGGAAGCUUCAAAGCGGUGAACAAGAUAAUCAUGAUAGCUAAUGUCCUUGACCCAAGAUACAAGCUGCAAUGGGCUAAAGUAGCAAUGGAAAAAGUCAAUGCAAGCUACGAGACAAUUCAUUCAAUACAAGGGGACUUGAAGAAAAUAUUGUUGAAGAUGUAUUAUGAAUACAAAGGCAAUGAGGGCAGCAACCAAUCUGAACUGUGCGUGGAAGAAGAUUUAGGAUUGGAAGGGGAUGACUUGGAGAACCUUGAUGAAGUCAACAAGCAAAUAACAAGGGAGAGGAUGGCAGAGCAGUCACAAUGCAUACGAAAUGAGCUUGAUCAGUAUUUAUCGGAUAUGUAUGUUAGCCUCCUUGCAAAGAAUUUUGAAAUUCAUAAGUGGUGGAAGGCUAAUGCAUGAGUUAACCUAUCCAGUCCUAUCAAAGUUAGCAAAGGAUGUUUUUGUUGUUCCUUGCUCAACGGUAGCUUCGGAGAAUGCAUUUAGUUUGGGAUCAAGAGUGGUGGAUCCUUUUAGAGCUUCAUUGACACCAAAAAUGGUGGAAGCCCUUGUUUACACUUCGGAUUGGUUAAAAUCCGACCCCCCAAACUUCUACAAAGAUCCGACUGAAGAUGACCUUGAAAUGUACCACACUUUGGAGGAACUUGAGAGGGAAAAUGCUUUUAAUCAGGGAGUGGAGGGAACAAUGACCAAUACCAGCUCUACACAAACUGUUGCCUAACAGCCUACAUCAUGAGCUCUCUUGUUCAUUAACUGAUAUACACAGAAACUGCCUAAAAUGGUUCAUUGAUAGAAUUUAUAGCAACUGCCAGCAUUUUUAUUCUUUUCAGUUUUCACUGAAUUACUGCCAACAUUUUAUUCUUUUCAACUAAACUGUGAUUGCAGAAAGUUGGAAACUGUGAGUCCAUUUUGAGGGAGGACAGCAAGCUAAAAUGAAGUGAAGAUGAGAUGAACUUUGAGUCCUUCAACAGUUUGUUUUCAACUAUUGUCCACUUAGUUAUUGACAUAUUGUAUCAUUUCAUUCAUUUGUGUGAAGUGUGAACUAUGAGUUAUUGAAUUAGAAUUUGUAUGAACUAUGAAGUGAUAAUGAGAUGAUCUCAAGUUGAUGUA